AUGUGUAAACGGAAUCGAUUUCCAUCUCCCGUUCUUCUCCGGUUCGUUUUCGGCGUUGAUGUACAGUCUGACUUCGUUACUCUUCUGCUCGAUCUCAUCCGCGACUUUAUGAAUGUGUUGAAGGUACACUCGGGAUCCGAGAAACGAAUCGGGGAAGACCUGGUCGGCGUUAAUAACGAGGGUAAUCUCGUUUGCCUUGUUAUUCCCGGAAAACAGAUUGACGAAAUCGGAAUCACCGGCGGAAGAACUGGUGCGCAUGAAAACACUCCUCCAAAAACCGCCAUCGAUUUUGCAGGAAGUGUCCGAUGGAGGUCCUCGAUAAUAUUCGAGGAACCAACAAAAAACCAACGACCAGAGCUAGCAAAAGUAUGAGAAACAUGAUGAUGUAUGAUAAUGAAAUUAAACCCACAUGAACUAAUAUGAAGGAGGGUUAUAAAGACGAGGAGGAUGACGUUUGAAGGCUUAGAAAGACGGCUAUGCCGGACUAAGAACGGGUCAAAAGGUGGGUCGGAUCAAAGAUGGGGUUUCGUUUGGGAAACGAAAAUACUUAAUUGGAAAAAGGAAAAGAAAAUGAAAAUAAUGUAAGCGUGUGGUAGCUACUCGCCUAAUGAUGAUAAUCAUGUGCGUAUGGCUGUCAUACCAAUUAGUUGAAAGGGGGGUGUGGCCUGUGAAGGCGUAUUUUCAGGGUACAACUCAUGAUGCACUGUAUUUGUAUUUAAUUGCAUGUCCAGUACUCAUAAUUAUACCUCCAUCUGCCUUCCUCCUCUUUUUUCCAAAUAUGAUAGGGUACUAACAUAAGAAUAAGAAUAAGAACUCUUUAAUAAUCGCCGGAUGAUAAAGAUUAACAAUUACAAAAUAUUUUGUAAUAGAG